CGAUGGAUAAUGGUGCUAGUCUGGGGGACUACCGCCUGUACGAGUUAUUAAUAUUAAGUUUCUGUCUGAUCGCUGAUAUUUUUAAAACUGACUAGAUUAGCGUUAGUAAGUAAAAAAAAGACAAUCGUUGAAAAUAGUGUGAUUCAUUAAUUAAAUCACAAACAUCUACAGUCUAUAUGUAUGCUGAUAUAUGUAUGAACUAAAAUUUUAGCAAUAUACAAUGGGUUGUGUAUGGGUUGGUCUGGCGUGUCUCUUGGCGCUCAUCCUAAGUUUCUCCUCCAAGGCCCCAUACCAGCUUAAAAUGGCAAUUUUCAUUAUUGGAUCUGGUACUAUCGUACUUAUUUGCAUACCCCUCAUGAUGUUUAAGCCACGGGACUAUCGAAACGCGUUUAUACCUGCAUGGGGCUGUCGACAGCUUUGCAAAGCGUUAGGCGUUACAAUGGAGGUACGAGGUCUUGAAAAUAUUCGGACGGAACACGGCGCUGUUGUGCUUAUCAAUCAUCAAAGCUUUCUUGAUUUGUGCGGCUUAGCAUAUUUAUGGCCAGUAAUUGGGCGAGCAACAGUAGUGUCAAAAAAAGAAGUUCUCUUCUUUCCUUUCUUUGGGUUCGGUGCUUGGCUGUGGGGGACUCUUUUUAUUAAUCGCUCCAGCAAGAAAGAUUCCAUCUGUGCAUUGCAGAAGGAGUCCAUGGCUAUCCAAGAACGGAAUUGUAAACUAUUAUUCUUCCCAGAGGGCACGCGCAACAUUAAAGAAACAUUACUGCCAUUCAAAAAAGGUCCCUUCCAUAUUGCUCUUCAAUGUCAAUGUCCUAUCCAACCGGUUGUUAUAUCUAAAUAUUAUUUUCUAAAUCGUGAGGAGAAAUCGUUCCGUCCAGGACACGCCAUUAUUCACAUCUUACCUGAAAUUCAUACAGCUGGAUCUGCUGUGGAGGAUAUGGAUACAAUUAUUGAAUCUACAAGAAAUACCAUGGAGAUUGAGUAUAAAAAAUUAUGUCAAGAAAUACGAAGACGUGGACAUUAGUAAAUUAAAAAGUAUAUACAUAUAAAUGUCCAUAAUAUAUGUACAACUUUAGAUAAAUGUACAUAAAUAUUUAUGUUCAAGGGUUUCCAAUAAGAGUAAUAUGAUUUCUUUAAAAAACACACACUAAAUGUUAAGGAAGUUCAAAUGUUUUUAUUCAAUGUGAAGUACAAUCGAUGCAAUUAUGUUCUUAACAUAACAUCAUUUAAAUGGCCUCACCGACUUCUUUUACAGGAACGAAUUCGAUUAACCCAAUUUUGGAGUACUUAUUCCAUUAAGUCAACUCGUAGUCUAGUUGUUGAAGAUCAAUUGUGCUACAAUAUUGUUAAAUAAAUUAAAAAAACUGCUAAGUUAAAACAAGAUUUUAGAUAGUUUGUUAUAAAAACAAAAAAUGGCAAUGGAUAUGAUAUUACAUGCAAAUACUAUAUGUACAUACCAUAAUUAAAACUAAAAAUAUAGAAUAAUUAUUUUUUAAAUUA